AUGCUUCCUCCUUCUAAGUCUAUGCAGCUUGGCCAUAUGGCUACAACAAGCUUCUGGCGGCCCUUCAUCAAGUCUCAGUUCUUGACCAAAACCCGUCAAGCCCCAGCCGGUACUGAUUUGUCGGGACAAGUCGCUAUAAUUACCGGCGGUAGUACAGGUUUAGGAUUCUACUCUGCACGCCAUCUUCUCUCUCUGAAGUUAUCGCAUCUUGUUCUCGCAGUGCGGUCUCUGGAGAGGGGUGCGUCGGCAGCACAAAAGCUUCGUUCUGACUAUCCAGCUGCGAAAAUAGAAGUCUGGCCUCUCGAGAUGACUUCAUAUCCUUCAAUUCAAAGCUUCUGUGAGAGAGUUGAUAAAGAUUUGCCACGACUGGAUAUUACGAUUCUCAAUGCUGGUAUCAUACAACCAACUUUCAAAGUGUGCUCCACUGGCCACGAGGAAGUCGUCCAGGUCAACUAUCUCUCUACAUUCCUUCUAGCAAUUCUCAUGCUACCCAUAUCCAAAAAUAAAGCACCUCAGGAUAGUCCCGGUCGGCUUACGAUUGUCAGCUCUGGAACGGCCCUGUGGGCGAAGUUGGCAACUAGAAAUAUACGGCCAUUUCUGACUACAUUUGACGACCCCGAAAUCCUCCCGUAUAACGCAACACAAAGAUAUUUCGACUCAAAAUGCUUAGGGCACCUCUUCUUCGCUCGUUUGGCCGAAAAAGUCAACGGAAAUGACGUCAUUGUCAAUCUGGUAGAGCCGGGAAUGUGCAAAGGCUCUGAUCUCCACAGAUUCGCUAAGGGGCCUGUUGCUGUCUUCUUGGAUACUUGGAAAUGUAUAGCUGGACGUAAUCCCGAGGACGGAGCAUGGACAUACAUUGAUGCUGCCGUGACAAAGGGUAAAGAGUCUCAUGGCAGUUUUUGCAUGGACUGGGAUAUUCACCCAUUCAUGAAUCUUGUUUAUCUCCCGGAAGGGAAACCUGUUAUGGACGCACUAUGGGAUGAGACAAUGGCUGAAUUCGAAUUCGCUGGCGCCCGCGAAAUUUUGGAAAGGAUUAAAAUGGAUAAUACUACCUGA